CUGAGUUCUUUGCCACCCACCACGUGAUCUUAGGAAUAAAGGAUUAUCCGGUAUGCUUUGGAUAUGUUCAAGCUGAACGAAAUGCACGGCGACUAAACUCCUGGCACGGGUUGGCAAAGCCCCUCGCAGACUCCAUUGCCUACGCUGCGUGCAUCACACUAGCCUUGUCUCUCGAAGUGUCUGAGUCAUCACCUCAGAAUACUCAGGGUGACGCUACGUAUGAAAAUUAUAGAAUACGUUCCACAUCUACCUAAAAUCUAUAAAGGCCGAGGAAUCUACGCCAAACCGUAGAUGUAACACAUCAAUCCCUCACCACCUUCGCCACUUUCUCAUCGCCAUGAACAAGCACGAAAUUCCUCUUUUCUGCGACAUCUUUCCUUUGGAAAUUGUUGAAAAGAUCGUUUCCUACUUACCACUUCUCGCAGUCGUCGAAGUUAUGAAAUCAGAGAAUGCAAGUCUCGCUUCGGUGGCGCAGAGACGCUACUACUCAAAUAUUAAAUUGGAAUUCCUCGAUAGACCAUAUGAUGUCAUCUAUAAAAUGGAUGAUAUUCUCAGCAUGAAAAUUUCUGAGUUUGACGCCUUGCUAAAUAGCGAUACGGUCGACCAACUUCGCAUUGAAAAGCUUUUGAUAUACGUAGAUCUUCUUGAAGAUGAUUUUACGUUCCUCCACGAAAAAGUGUUCACCAAAGCGUCCAUAAUUGUCACCGAUGUCAUCUUACAGUUUUACGGGGAUCCGGAGUGGUAUCUGGAAUUCGACUGGGCCUGUUUGCCAUCAUCGCCCUUGGUCCUGAAGUGCAUCCGAGAAAUAUCCGUAUGGUACCCUUAUAUUGGUCCGGACGUGCCACCUUUGCCUUCUAACUUACGCAAGCUUCACCUUGAAUUCGACUAUCAACAUGGGGGAAACGAUAAUGGUAUUUCCCCAAGAAUUGUUUUUCCGCCAAAUCUCCAAGAAUUUGUUUCGAAGAUCCCUUGGGCAUCGAUGUCAGCGUACACCAACCUCCCUUCAACCUUGCGGACGUUGGUGCUAGAGUAUGUCUCGGGCUUUAAUGCCGAGGCCUUCAACGAGUUAAACUUGCCCAAUUUGAGAAAUUUACGAUUGUAUAGAAUUUCAGGCGUAACGGAAUUCAACGAACUAUUUGAGUUACCCUCGCUGUUGGAGAGUUUGGAACUUGGGAAUCUAAGAAUCACUAACUUCGAACGGCGGAAAUUACCUCUGGGGUUGCAGAAGCUAUCUAUCACCCAGUGUCCUUUGAAGAAGUUUCGUGUGGAUACAUUUCCGGAUUCCCUCAAAGAGUUAAUCUUAUAUGAUACGGAUCUUCCAUCAUCCGAGAUCCACAUUAUCAAGUUUCCUCCGGGAUUGGUUUCCUUACUGGUUACAUACUCCCGGUUAACGUCGCUCAAUUUCGUCAACUCAUUACCGGGGUCUUUAGAAAUCCUCAACCUCCGCAAAAAUUCUCUUGGUCGAUUAAAUGAAACAGACGAAGAUGCAGACACUGCCAGAUCAUACCGAAUCAAGUUUCCCGAAAAUCUCCAGAAGCUUAAUCUCGAAUAUAACGAGCAUCUAUUUACUCAGUAUUCUCCAGGAAACCUUGUCUUCCCUCUGAGCUUGAAAGAUUUGAACCUCCAUAGAACGAAUAUGGGUUCAGUCGAUGAGCUUGAUCUUCCGCCAGGAUUGAACUCUUUAGACUUGUGCGGUAAUAAUUUGGUAUCAGUCGACGAGCUCGAUCUUCCACCAGGAUUGAACUCUUUAGACUUGUGCAGUAAUAAUCUUGAACUGUUUUCGAAGGAACUACCAGACAGCAUUCAAUACUUGGGCCUUAGGUCUAACCAAUUGAAAGAAUUGAUAAACUUCCACCUUCCGGUGAAUUGUACCAGGCUUGAUCUUUCGUCCAAUCCUCUCCUGCGGGUCCAAUUCUCUAAUGCAGAUCACCCAGGUUUGAAACUUCAGCAUUUUGAUUUAAGUAAAGUUGCUAUUGCCGCAAUCCGUAAUAUCUCUCCUCUCCCGCAAUGCCUCGCUUUCUUGGAUAUUGGCUCUACAGAGGUAAGCUCCUUAUCUGGCAUUCAAUUUCCUGUGGGGUUGAGCCGACUCGAUGCCACCAAUAACAAGAUAGUUUCUUUGGAAAAUGUUGAGUUUCCACCACAUUUAGAAGCUUUAUGUCUCCUUAAGAAUCAAAUAUCAAGUUUGGCCAAUAUCUGUUUUCCGGACAGUCUACUUGAGUUGAGGCUUUCUGAUAACAAGAUUACCUCAAUUGAUGCCAUACAGCUUCCUCCAAAAUUGAAGAAAUUGUACUUUGAGAGGAAUGCUAUUAGCACCAUCAACGAGUUGCAAUUGCCCGAAUCGCUUAAAAUAUUGACUAUGGAGGACCAAAAGUGGAAUAUUUUGCUUAAUUGUGUUUCCGCUGAUGGAGACUCAUCAGAGAGUCUCAAUACAUCUAGGAAGGAGGGCUUGUCGAGCCUCGCUGGGUUGAGUAACCUUCCGUCAAAAUUGUGGUAUUUGAAUCUAGAUAACAACAGUUUGUCUGAGCAGUCCUUCCAACAUUUGGAGAUCCCGGCUAGCUUGACAAUGUUAAGUGUUAGUAAUAACGCUUUCGAUGAUUAUUAUAAGUGGCUAUGGAAAAUCAAGCUGGCACACCUGGGAAUGCUGGCUAGUUGGUGACCUGGAAUACUCUUGGGACAAUUCCUCUCUUGGGUGCAGACAAUAUAAUUGGUGGCGAUAGUGAGGGAUUGGCGAAGGAAGAAGCAUUUCUAACAUGGGAUGUUUAAUAAGUAAUUUAUGGAAAUUGGCACAUUUAUAUUGAAGACCAUUAGUUCCACAUAGGUGUACCAGCUUUACACUCCAUUUUCAUCCUCAUUCAUAUCCUCCCUGGUUGUACAACAGUAUUGAACUGAGUUUACUGAAGAACUGAUCGCCUAUAGUAAGGGUGCCAUUUAACUAGAUGGAAGUCAGAGUCUAUUGCCCCCUUACCUCCGAUAAGCGGACACACUGGCAUCGUAUCCGCCUCAGUAUAUAAGGCCACCGACUACCCUUCUCUUGCGUAUAUCUUACAUAGGAAAAGUAUUCCCUUCUAGCUAGCUAACAGUAUCCACUAUUACCUACUAGAUAUACCACAGUUUACC